GAGAUUAAUAUGGCUGCGAUUGCUGCUAUGAAGAGCGUUAUGCUCAAGCCCUCCUUCUGUCGUUUGGCUAGCACCGUGAAUUCUGCCGUUUUCCAGAAGUAUGGCUGUCCUACUAGUGUGUUAAAGGUGCAAAAGACUCAACUGAAGGAAGUUGGUAAGAAAGAUCUCCAAGUCCGCAUGAUUGCUUCUCCGAUUACAGGCUUUGACUUGAGCACGAUUGCAGGAAAGAACCCCAUGGGUGUCUCCUUCCCGUCCGUGGCUGGAAGUGAGGGAGUGGGAAUCAUCCAGAAGAUCGGAGAAGACGUGACCGCCUUCAAGGAGCUCGACACCGUGAUGUUGGCCAGACCUGUUCAGGGCACCUGGAGCGAGCAGAUCGUCGUGUCCGAGGACCAAGUGCUCCGUGCCCCCGAAGGCAUUCCCUCUGAGAUCUCUGCAUCUCUGCUCAAGAGCGCAGGACUCGCCUACAGACUCCUCGCCGACUUCGCUCCCCUGAAGAGCGGCGACUUCAUCAUGCAGAACGAUGCGUCGUCUGCGGUGGGCCUCGCGGUGCUGCAGCUGUGCAAAUCGCGUGGCAUCAAAACGAUCAACGUGGUUCCCGACUGCGGCGAGUACUCGCAGCUGUUCCGCCUGGUGGAGUCGAUGGGCGGCGAUGUGAUCGUUCGCGAAUCGCAGCUCCACGGCGUGGACUUCAAGCGCAUCAUGGAGGACCUCCCGACGCCGAAGCUGGCGCUGAACGGCCGUGGCGGCGCGACGAUGACGAAUACGUGCCGCUUAUUGAAGGAUUGCACGGUGGUGACGUAUAAUGAGAGCUCGCGCGAGCCGUUCGCGGUGACGGCGUCGUAUUUGACGCAGAACCAUCUGUGCUUGAAGGGAUUCAAUAUGGAUCGAUGGCUGCAGAGCGCGGAGAUGGAGCAGAUUCGAAGCAUGGUGGAGGAGUUGGCGGAGAUGGUGAGAAAGGACGAGCUGCGGCUGUAUUUGAAGAGAGAUAAGUUCUCGCAGGUGGUCGAUGCGGUGGCGGAUGCGGCGAAGCCCGCGACGGACCGAACGCCCGUGCUGCUGAUGGACCAGUAG